AUGGGCACCACCCCCUCGCAAGAAAACUCCAACCCCACCCUCUCCGACGUGCUCCCCAAGAACCGGCUCAUCAACGUCUUCGCCUCGCUGACCCGCCAAUUCGACUCGGUCGAGUCGCGCCUCAACGACCCCACCCAGAACAUGACGGUCCUGGCGCCCCGGAACAGCGCGAUCAUGGACCUGCCGCGCAAGCCGUGGGAGAAUCCGGACGAUUAUGCGCGGUACGGCGAGGCGGAGGCGUAUGAGGGGAGUGAGGGGCAGGAUCGCGCGAAGAAGAAUCUGGAGAGGUUCGUGAUGGCGCAUGUUGUUGUUGGGAGUCCAUGGGGUGAUGGGGUGGAAGGAGAGGGGAGGGGAGGGGAGACGAUGGCGGGGGAUAAGGUGGGGUGGGUGAGGAGGGGGGAGAAGAUUUAUAUCCAACCCGGUGAUGUCGAGGUGGAUAGUAUUGCGGAGAAGGUGUCGAAUGGGGAGGUUUGGAUUCUGAAUGGGGUUCUAAAUUAUGCCUAG